AUGGAUUCCGAGUCGGAGCACGAGCACCGCGACGUCAACGACGUCAACGAUGUCGAGAGCGAGUCGGAGCAGGACGAGGUGGAGGAGACCAAGCCCAAGUCGGCCAUGAAGAAGGCGAGAGAGGCGCCGGCACCGGUCGAGCGCCCAGAGCUGCCCGAACAGCCCGAACCAAGCACAGUCGACUUCUCCACCCUCAGCCCGCUGUCGCCCGAAAUCAUCUCGCGCCAGGCCACCAUCAACAUCGGCACCAUUGGCCACGUCGCCCACGGCAAGUCGACGGUCGUCAAGGCCAUCUCGGGCGUGCAGACGGUCCGCUUCAAGAACGAGCUCGAGCGCAACAUCACCAUCAAGCUCGGGUACGCCAACGCCAAGAUCUACCAGUGCGACAACGCCGAGUGCCCGCGCCCCACAUGCUACCGCUCCUACAAGAGCGAGAAGGAGGUCGACCCGCCCUGCGAGCGCGAGGGCUGCGAGGGCACCUACCGCCUCAAGCGCCACGUCUCGUUUGUCGACUGCCCCGGCCACGACAUCCUCAUGAGCACCAUGCUGUCGGGCGCCGCCGUCAUGGACGCCGCCCUGCUGCUGAUUGCCGGCAACGAAACCUGCCCCCAGCCCCAGACCAGCGAGCACCUGGCCGCCAUCGAGAUCAUGAAGCUCAACCACAUCAUCAUCCUGCAGAACAAGGUCGACCUGAUGCGCGAAGACAGCGCCGCCUCCCACUACGACUCCAUCCUCAAGUUCAUCCGCGGCACCGUCGCCGACGGCUCGCCCGUCAUCCCCAUCUCGGCCCAGCUCAAGUUCAACAUCGACGCCGUGUGCGAGCAGCUCAUCUCCAAGAUCCCCGUCCCCGUCCGCGACUUCACCACAAAGCCCCACAUGAUUGUCAUCCGCUCCUUCGACGUCAACAAGCCCGGUGCCGAGAUUGACGAGCUCAAGGGCGGUGUUGCCGGUGGCUCCAUCCUCACCGGUGUCUUGAAGCUGGGCGACGAGGUCGAGAUCAGGCCUGGCAUCGUGUCCAAGGACAGCCAGGGCAAGAUCCAGUGCAAGCCCAUCUUCUCGAGGGUCGUCUCCUUGUUCGCCGAGCACAACGACCUGAAGUUCGCCGUGCCCGGCGGUCUCAUUGGUGUCGGUACCCGCGUCGACCCCACUCUCUGCCGUGCCGAUCGCCUGGUCGGCUUCGUCCUGGGUCUCCGUGGACACCUGCCCAACAUCUACACGGAGAUCGAGGUCAACUACUUCCUCCUACGAAGACUGCUCGGUGUCAAGACAGCCGACGGCAAGCAGGCCAAGGUGGCCAAGCUGGCCAAGCACGAAGUCCUCAUGGUCAACAUCGGCUCCACGGCCACGGGUGCCAAGGUGGUCGCCGUCAAGGCUGAUGCCGCCCGUCUGACCCUCACAUCGCCCGCCUGCACGGAGAUCGGCGAGAAGGUUGCGCUGUCCCGACGUAUCGAGAAGCACUGGCGCCUUAUUGGUUGGGCCAACAUUGUUGCCGGUAACAUUCUCGAGCCUAUCGUCGAUUAA